CUCCCUCCCUCACUACCACCGACCAGCCUCAUACAACACAUACCUACCACCAUCACCACCACCACCACAAUUCUUCUCAAAAGAAUAACCACCAAAAUGCCUCCCACACCCCGCCCCCUAACCCUCAUCGUCGCAACCACCCCCAUCCCAACCCCAACCCCAACCCCCACCAGCACCACCGAGAGCAGCAGCAGCAGCACCACCCCAAUCCGCCUCGGCAUCGGCCACUCCGGGACACUCCCCUGGCCACGAAUCAAAACCGACAUGUCAUUCUUCGCCCGGGUGACCUCCCGCCCGCCAGUGCCCGGAACCACCAACGCAAUAAUAAUGGGGCGGAAGACGUACGAUUCCGUGCCGGCGCAUCUGCGUCCGCUGGCGAAGCGCAUUAGCACGGUCAUUACCCGGGAUGUGGAGGGGUUGAAACCUCGGGUGGCGAGGGAGGUUGAGGAACGGAAAGCUAAGUUGGCUGCGUCUGCGUCUGCGUCUGCUGCAUCUACAUCUGGGGGUAAUGGUAAUGCUGUGCAGCCAGCGACAGACGCGAUCGUGUGCGGGGGAUUGGAUGAGGCGCUGCAGGAGCUGGAGACGAGGUAUGGAGAAGGGAAACUAGGCAAGGUGUUUGUGAUUGGUGGGGCGGAGAUAUAUGGGGCUGUUUUGGCUGCGAAAGGAGGGCCGGUGAGGAUUGUGAUGACGAAUGUGGAGAAGAAGGGGUAUGCGGAGGGAGAUCGGGGGGAGGUGUUUGAGUGUGAUACGUUUUUCCCGGUGGAUGAGGAGUUGUUUGGCGAGAAGGAGGGGUGGAGGAGGGUUACGCCGGAGGAGGUUACGGAGUGGGUUGGGGAGGAGGUUACGGGGAGGUGGAUUGAGGAGGGGGAUGUUAGGGUGCAGAUGAAGCUAUGUGCGCGGGCGUACGUGGAUGUCUAUCAUGGUAAAGUUGAUACAGUUCUGGCAGAGUCUAUGUAUACGGCAGAUAUGUACAGUCUAGAUAACAACUAG